CAUUCAGUCAACAUGGGCGCAAAAGGCGUAAUUGUGUUCCCGCUUGGAAAACCAGCAAAACUUUUAAAAUGGGCCGUGGAGGAAGGAUCUUUCGUUUCUAUAGGUCGUGUGCUACUAUUUUACAACCUAAAUGUGGAUGCAGAGAAACCGACAGAACAAAAAUUGAAGGCAAAGACCGUGGGUGUAAUUCGAAAGCUGUUGGUGAAGGAAGGCGAAAUAAUCGAACCAGGGAAGGAGAUAUUGGAAUUAGAUGGCUGCACACAUCCAACUGUUAUGAAUUCCAUGUGUGCAGAAUGUGGAGUAGACUUGAAGGAAGAUGACCAGGUUGAAAGUAAUGCAUCUGUGCCUGUUAUACACAGCAUUCCUGAUCUCAAAGUCAGCAGAGAGCAAGCAGAAAUUCUUGGAAAAGCUGAUGAAGAGAGGCUUCUUAAGGAACGGAGGUUGGUGUUGUUGGUUGACUUGGAUCAGACUCUGAUCCAUACUACAAAUGAUAAUAUUCCACCAAACAUAAAGGAUAUUUAUCACUUUCAGCUGUAUGGGUCAGUGUCUCCUUGGUACCACACUCGUAUAAGACCUGGCACCCAGAAGUUCUUAAGUGAAAUAACACAGUAUUACGAAUUACAUAUUUGUACAUUUGGUGCUCGCAAUUACGCACAUACCAUUGCCACAUUUCUCGAUCCAGAUGGAAAAUACUUUUCACAUCGCAUUCUUUCCCGUGAUGAAUGCUUCAGUUCUAAUACGAAGACAGCAAAUCUUAAGGCACUUUUUCCCUGUGGGGACAAUUUGGUGUGUAUCAUUGAUGACCGAGAAGAUGUUUGGAAUUUUGCUCCUAAUUUAAUCCAUGUCAAACCAUACCACUUUUUCCAACACACGGGGGAUAUAAAUGCCCCUCCAGGUCUAGCAAAAUGUGAAAAUGAUGAUAAAAGUGGCCACGAUUUUAAAAAAUCAGGUGCUAAACCUGCAACUGAAAUGGAGAGUGACAGCAAAGGAAAUGGUUCUGCCUCAGAGUCAAAUAAGCUUGUAGAAGGUGAAGAAAAUAAUUUGAACAAACCGUGUGUAGUAGCUGAUAGCAAGGAAGAGAAAGAUGGUUUUCAAAAUACCCUGCCUGGGAAGGAAAGUAUACAGAAUCACAUUAAUAAAAAAAGUAGUCCUGCAGUAAAUAAUUCUCAAAUGGAAUGUACAGAAGCAGCUGCAAGUGAAAUUACUACAGGAAAGUCCAGCUUAGGGAAUGAAACUGAAUGUGAAUUGGCUAACAGAUUGAGUUCUAAAUCAGAUUUGCAGGAGAAAGCAGAGAAAAAGCCAGACCAGAAGAAAGAAAAUGAUCAAAAGAAAAAUAAGAACUUGUCAAGGGUGGAUAAACAGUUGAAGAAAGAAGAAAAAAAUAUCAGGUCUGCUGAAGAGGGAGAAAAUAAACAGCCAAAUGCAGAGCCAUUAAAGAAAGAAGAGGAAGCUGCUGAAAAAUCAGGUGUUUCAGACAAAGAAGAGGAGAAACCUGAUAGUACGGCAGGUGCCAAUGGAGAUGAUGAACUAACAGAAGUGGAGGAUGAUGAUGACUAUUUGAUAUAUCUUGAAGAGAUACUCAAGACCAUACAUCGCUCCUUUUAUGAACUGUAUGAUGAAUCACCAGGUGAAAUGCCAGACUUGAAAAAUGUGAUUCCUUAUGUACGCCGAAAAGUCUUGGCAGGCACUUAUCUCGUCUUUAGUGGCCUUGUUCCCACACACGUACCUCUGGAACGUAGUCGUGCCUACCAGGUAGCAGUACAAUUGGGCGCUGUGGUAACACCCGACCUGACAGAUUACACUACGCACUUGGUUGCUGUUCGCCCAGGCACUGCAAAGGUGAAUGCAGUGCAGAGGAGGCACGAUAAUAUUCUCCUCGUCACUCCCGACUGGCUCUGGGCGUGUGCAGAACGCUGGGAACAUGUCGAGGAGCGUCUCUUCCCGCUGGGCCGCGGCACCUCUGCUCGUCGUCAUCCACCGGCUCACUGUGCUUCACCUACUCGUGUUCCUCCGAGUUAUGUGUUAACUCCAGAUGAUUCCUCAGGACAACAGAAGAGCACGUCUGGUGACAGUGUCUUGGAAAUUAUCAAUCCCUUGAUGUCUUUUUCAUCUGAGGAUAUUGCGAGUAUGGACCGCGAAGUGGAAGAUAUCUUCAAUGAAUCGGAGAGUGAAAGUGACUCUGAAGGUGAAAGUAAGGCAGACACUGAUGAAGAUGAUAAAAAUGAUGACAGUAUUCUGGGUGGUAGUCCUCCCAAGAUCAGGCAUGAGGAUGACAGCAGCAGCAGUAGUUCGGGGUCACUUACAGCGGAAAGUCCGCAUGGCUGGAAACACCAUGAAGAAUUUAAGAGAGAGAAAAGACGAGCGAAGGAGGCAUUUGAAGAUGAUGAAGAUCUCCUAGAGGAUUCACCAUGUGCCAAAUUCAGACGUGGGGAAAAGGUGCCAAGUGAUCUGGAUGUCGAUAGUCCAGAAGAUGAAGAGAGUGCAAGUAAUGAUGGAAGUGAUGAGCCUCCCGAUGAAGUAGAUGAUGGGGAAUGGAAUAUGAUGGGCGCUGCUCUUGAAAGGGAAUUCCUCUCGGGCAGUGACUAACUUAUGUUACGGUGUGCCUUGGUGGAAGUUCCUGCUGUUGGUACAUACUGCCACAUAUAGUUACAUUCUUUAUUUGGGUGUCAAACUAGCAUACAGUAGUACCCUGUUCUAGAAUUGUGACUAUAGACCCAAAAAUUCAUCUUUGCUAUGCAUUGAUGAAUAGUUAAAGGCUGAAGUUUGAAAGUUACCCCAGUGAAAGAUUUCUCAUGUUAGGAAAAGAACUAAUAAUUUGUAAAGACAUUACAGCAAGUUUCAAUGAAUUUUAGCUUGUGCUCAUGUAUCAAGAACAGUGUGGGCAUUCUCUCUCUCUCUCUCUCUCUCUCUCUCUCUCUCUCUCUCUCUCUCUCUCUCUCUCUCUUUCUCAUUCCUUUUUCUCUUUUUCUGGGUGUGUGCACGUGGGAGAGAGGGGGGUCACUCUCUAAAGGUAUGAAACCAUGAGGUUUCCCUGUUGUGGCAGGUGUCUUUAGAAUUUGCUUAAUGAUUAGCAACAGGGAUAUGACCGCACUGCAGAGCUGCUUGCAUGGACACACAUUCAUUUCAAUGAGCACUUUUUCUGUAAUCAUUUGUAAAGAUUGUACAAAUAAUUUAUUGUGCUAGUCAUGAAAGUUUGUGAAAGUACAUGUACAUUAAACAUACAUAUUUUUCUAAGGUAA